GACAGAAAGAAGAGCAAACUCGGUCAGUGCUAAACUUUCCACUGGACUGUUUGGUUUGGAGCCUCUCCCUCCCCUCCCCUCUCCCCUCUUCUCUCCCCCACCACCAUGGCAUCGCUUCCCUACUAAACCGCCUUUUAACGGCUGAGGAGCGGACCAGAGAAACAGGAGGGGAUAAUAAACCCUAUCAGCAAAAGUGAUCCAGGUUCAACUUCAAGCUUUUCUUUUAGUUUUUCCUCUGGAGGAGCGACUUUAGUUUUAAUAGAAACAUGGACGCGCACGUGAAGGAGGGACAACUCUAUGUGCAGCACCAAAAGUUUGGCAAGAAAUGGAAGAAAAACUGGUUUGUCCUCUACCCUGCCAGCCAAAACGGCAUAGCUCGCCUCGAGUUCUUCGACUCGGGAGGAGGGAGCUCCAGCGGGGCCUCGGGAAGCGGCUCCAACGAGAAGACCAGGAAGUUGGACAAGAAGAUCAUCCGCCUGUCGGAGUGCAUCUCUAUUCUGCCCGCUCUGACCGAAAGCUGCCCUAAAGAUAACAUGGCCGCUUUCUGCGUGGAAACAAACGACAAGACGCAUGUGUUCGCGGCAGAGAAGAACACGGCGAAGGAGUGGAUGGACACCAUGUGUGACAUUGCGUUUCAGGGGGGGACUGGCAUUAGCCUGACAGACUGUAAUGGUGGAUCCAAGGACCUGCAGAUGUCUGAAAACCUCAUCUAUUACUCAAGGGAGGAGGUGAAUGAGUUCUGGGUGACUGUUCAACGUACGGAGGCGUCUGAGCGCUGCGGGCUCGCAGGGAGCUACUGGCUGAAAGCGGAAAACGAGGCGCUGAUUUUAAAGGAGCCUAAAACGAAAAGGAACGUCCUGGUCUGGCCUUACAAGCUGCUAAGAAGAUACGGCAGGGACCGGGUGAUGUUUUCCUUCGAAGCCGGACGCCGAUGCGACUCGGGCCCUGGCAAUUUUACCUUCGAUACAAAGCAAGGCAACGAGAUCUUCAGUUUGGUAGACCUGGCCAUCCAGGCGCAGAAGGCUCAAGUAGAGGAGCGCCAUCUCAGCUGCCCCCAGAACUUUGACACCGAUGGCUCUUUGUCACUGCAACACAUACGGAGUGCGGUUCCCGGCUGCGGUCCGACAGCGGCAAGUGGAGACAGUAGUAGCUGCAGCAGUCGGGAGGCGGACGGCGACUCGGGCGGCAGCAAGCCGGGCUCUGCUGAUGGAGUGCUUGGAAAAAGGGAGGGAGGUGAUGGAGGAGGCAGAGGACAGGGAGUCGGAGGAGGACUCAAAGGGAGAAGUUUGCCUGAACCCCCAUCUCUUAGAGGACCAGCAGGGAAAGUUGUACUCCAGCUUGAUGAGCAGGCGAGCUUUUAUUCUGAGCCAGCAGAUUCUGUCCGUUUGCUCAUUCCCAGCUGUGAUGGCCUUUAUUCAGACCCAGUGGACACCAUCAAGGGUCAGAACCCAUCCUCACCACCUGUGCCCACUCCACGCCUUCGACCUGUGGGAGACGACGCCUCAGGCGGGGAUCAUCAUCCCGCAGGAAGCAACAACAAGAAGGUUCCAGACCUGUAUUCACAUUUGUAUGACCAUAUAGGCAUGGACCUGAGUCAGAGGACAGGCGCACUGAAUCUGAAUGGGGCUGCCGGAGGAGGAAGAGGUGGCGGAAAGGGGGUUAUGAGUAACAAAAGACCUCCAGGAGGUCAGGGAGAGGGGGCCUCACCACCUGCUGGGCCUUCUGUGGAUCACAUAUAUGAUGAACCAGAAGGCUGCGCCAAAGGAAGCAGCAGCCUUCCCAUCAGCCUUAGCAUGAGCGUUUAUGACGAGGCCCGCUUGGAGCCUCAGCGCCAGAGGAGACAGGACGAAGCAGAGGCAACUUAUGACACCGCAUACCUGGGGAAGCCGUCAGAGCACCAAAAACUCUCUCCUAAGCUGCUGGGUCUAAGUCGUGGAUCGCCGCAACCUCCAACACCAAAGUUUCCCAAACCUGCUACCGCCCCCAAGCCACACAAGGGAGCAUUCGCCCGGAAGGAGCCGGUGCCUCCUCCCUCGGGUAAACAAGGGGGUUCUGGUAGUAACAUGAACAACAACAACAAUAUCUGGAGCUCCGGAGGAGGAGGCGGGAAGGAGCUGUACAGCAAAGUGUCUAAACAGAAGCCUCCUCCAGCUCUGACGUGGUGUAAUAGGAACCACCAUGCACCCCUGAGAGCACCUGAUAUAAUUUAUGACAACUUGGGAGACAUUUGACUACUUAAAUAUAACUUAGAUUUAAAAACAAACCUUAACUCUCUUGCUCAAAAAAAGAGAAGCUUCAGAGUAAAUGCUGGGCAACUAAGAUGUUUAUCGUUUCAUAUUUGUUCCAUUCGAGGGCGGGAACAGUCCAGGUCACUUGGUCUGGAGUGGGUCAGCUCACAACUAUGAGAAAACCACAUUAUGGGCGCCAUUUCAAAUGUGGCAUGCAGUGAUUGCGGGGCCACCCUGUGUGCGUGUCAUAGCGAGGGAGAGUGUUUGCCUGGGCAAAGCCAUAAUUGGCGCCUCAAGCCACAGUGCGGCCGGAGCCAGCCACCUCACUCCAACACACACAAGCAAAAUGGAUUCGCCUUCACUUUAACAAGCUGAAAGAGAGGGAAAGUGACUUGGUUCCUUUUUUUUCUGCUGUGCUCACGAAAAAACAGAUUUUUUGCACUGUGCCUCCUCUUUGUCGUUGAAUUUUGUAAUGUGAAACAGAGAAUGUGAUGGUCGGGAGUUGAUGGUUUGUGAGCAGGACUUAAGCAGAAGAAGAUCUUUGGGGAUUUUUGGGGGGUUUCCUAAGAUAAAGCUGGACGGGAGUCCUUUUAGGAUAGGAAACAGGGAAUUGGUCAGAAGCUCUAUGCAUGUUUUGUUGAAUGGUUUGUCAUCAGAGACCAGUAAUGGAAAAACUAAAAUCAAGUGAUUCUUUGAUUCUUAAGUUUAUGACAAAAACGUAUGAGUUACAAGCUGUUUUUCUUGUUUUACGCCAUUUUACUUAUCUAAAUUGAUAUAAAAUCUUUAGGAGGAGUUGUUUCACCCUGUGAUGUUUCACCCUG